CCUAGACUGCUUCUCCAUCUGCGUCGCGUACCAGCCUUGGUGGCUGCCGCCCUGCUUUGCUAUUUGCUUCGAAGCUCUUCUGUUUAGGGCGCAUCUUCCCACUUCUCUAAGAAAAUCUGCUGAAGCUGAACGCCCUUCAUCCAAAUCAGAGAAGCUGAAUCUGAGUUUUCAAGAGUCAACUGCAGCGCCUGCGGCACCCCGGUGAGGCAUCUUGGGCCUCAGUUAAUAAGGAGAAGCGAGAAAGGCCGAGAGUGCUUGUAUCAUAGCAAUGGCGGCAGUUUGCACAGCGCCUGGCGCCGCCCUGGCAGUCCUCAACACUGCCGGGCUGGGCACGAGGCAGAGGGUUUCCAAUCGGACAGCAGCAGCCCCCUUGUUGAGCAGCAAGUCUGCUUACCUGGGGACCUCAGAAUGCUUCGGGUGCACCCUUUUGCAGACCGUGCGCAGGAGGCGGAGCAGGGAAGGAGUUGCAAGAAGCAGUCUCAGGGUGGAGCCAUGUGUGGAGGAAAACGCUUUCCCACAAAAGCACGCAGAGGCUGAGGCCCCCAUUGAAAAGAAGCUUAGGGUUGUGGACACCCCCUUGCAGCACUUUUUGCUGCAAAAGGCAGGGGAGAUCUUCAGUUCGGUCCUUAAGGUCGCAAAGCAGCCGGUGCUGGUAGCGGCUCUGGUGGCCAUGUUGAUGACAUCGUUCUCGGGGGAUGCUCUGGCGGCUACUUCUGGGGGCAGGGUUGGCGGGAGCGCCUUUUCGUCGUCGCGCUCUUCAUCCUCAGGAGGAGGCAGCUAUUCACGAAGUGGAAGUGGGGGCUACUCAUCUGGCAGUUCCUACUCUGCUCCGAGCCUCGGCGGAGGCUACGGGUCAGGCAUCUACUCGGCCCCCUACGCAGCCCCCUACACCAGCUACUACGGAGGCUUCUCGCCCUUCGGUUUCUCUCCCUUCAGCUUCUUCGCUCCUAGCAUUGGUGUGGGCGUUGGAUACGGAGGGAGCAGCAUUUUCACUUUCCUACUCUUCGGCAUGCUGGCGCUGUUCCUGGUCCAGACUGUUGGAAGCGCCAUUUCGAGCCGCAGCGAUGGGGGGAUCCUGGGCGGAGGAGACGCUGUGUCAGUCAUGAGACUGCAGGUGGGCCUGCUUGGAAACGCGCGCACGCUGCAGCGCGACCUGGAGAGGAUAGCAGACCGCGCUGACACGUCCACCACCAGCGGCCUGCAUUACGUCCUGACUGAGACGGUUCUUUCGCUCCUGCGGCACCCCGAGUACUGCGUCUACGGCAGAGGGACGACAGACAAGGCGAAGAGUUUCGAGAACGCGGAAGCUUCCUUCAACCAGCUGUCGCUGGAGGAGCGCCGCAAGUUCGAGCAGGAGACGUACGUUAAUGUCAACAGCUUGAAAAAGAAGGGCGGUUUCAAUCCAAAGGGCGACGGCUUUGGCAACGAGUACAUUGUGGUGACAGUGAUCGUAGCCGCCGAGGGCAACCUGAAGCUGCCGUCCGUCAGGUCCGCAGAGGACUUGCGGCAAGCGCUGACGACCCUGGGUUCCGUACCGGUGGAUCAGCUACAAGCGGUGGAGAUUCUUUGGACGCCGCAGGACGCCAACGACACGCUGUCGGAAACGGAACUGCUUCACGAUUACCCCUCGUUGACUGCCUUGUAAACCUAGUUGGUUGCUUUCGAACAUUCGGUGUGCAGCGUUUGUCCGUUCACUUCCCAUGUGGAGAAGUCGGUUUGUUGCGUGCCCAGCCUUAGAGAUUGUACUGCAUGUCUUAAGAACACUCUGUCGUGUGUUAGAUUAGUCGAGUUGCUCAAAGACAUGGACAUGUGUCAUCGAAGCUUCAUUGUACAGGCUUAGCGAGCUAGCAGUUGCUGACGAAACAAUUAUUGACAGUGUUGCUUUGCUUUGCCUAGCUCUAGAUGACCAUCCGUGCGUGUAAUGUGCAUAUUAAGCACAAACGGCAAUAAGUGCAAUUGGAUCGAGUGAUCAAAGCUAGUUUCCUCAAAGUGACACAUGUUCUUGGAUUUGAGAGGGUCAACUCAAUGAGUAGAAUUCGAACACGUGGCCCGCCAUGCCUGCUGGCAAUCAAUAUAAUCCGGC